AUGGUGCAAGGGACCAACUUGAGUGGCGGCGAGCCGAAUACACAUGCGGCGCCUCCGCCGCACGACACGGAAGUCGUCGGUGAUAAAGAUGUCGCCAUCGCCAUGGUCGGUGAACAAGGCCACGAGGUAGACCCAGUCAUCGCAGCGCGCGCCGUGCGCAAGAUCGACUGGUUUCUGAUCCCGGCCAUGACUUUGGGAUUUAAAUGGGCUUGUGUACUACGACAAGGUGACUACCUACCUAAAGCCCUCGCCCCUGAAGCCAUCUUCUGGAUACCCACUGAUCACAUCCCACAGGCCAUCCUCGGCUCCACCGUGCUCUUCGGCAUGACCGCGGACCUAGCCCUCAGCGUGUCAGCCCCGGGCACUCCGUCCGCAGUAGACACAUCGCGCCUCAGCUGGGCGACCUCGAUCUUCUACUUCGGGAUGCUGGGCGGGCUUUACCCGAUGUCGUACCUGCUGCAGCGGUUCGCGACGGGCCGCGUGCUCGGGUGCGUCGUCUGCCUCUGGGCGCUCGUGUGCAUGCUCACGGCGGCCGUGACGUCGCACUCUGGGCUCUACGCGCAGCGUUUUGUCUUGGGCUUCGUCGAGAGCGCCAUCCCGACGGGCUUCUUGUGCAUCGUCAGCGGCUUCUACACGCAGCGCGAGCAGGCCCUGCGCCAGAGCUGGUGGUUCUCCGCCACAGGCCUGUGCACCAUCAUCGGCGGCGCGCUCAACUACGGCUUUGCGCGGAUUGACGGUGGUGGGCUGCGCCGUUGGCAGUACAUCUACCUCCUGGCUGGCGCGCUGACGUUCCUGUUCGGGCUGUUCUGCUUCGCGAUGCCGAGCUCGCCUGUCUCGCCGCGGUUCCUGACGAAGGAGGAGAGGUUUGCGGCGGUGGAGCGCCUGCGGUAUGGGCAGACGGGCGUCCGGUGCACCACGUUCAAGUGGGCGCAGUUGAGGGAGGCCCUGCUCGAUGUCAAGAUCUGGCUGGUUGCCAUCAUGAUGGCUUCGGCGUACACCGUGAACGGUGCCGUCUCGGGCUUCGGUCCCCUCAUCGUUUCGACUUUCGGAUGGAGCUGUCUGGACUCCAUCCUCUUCCAAUUCCCUUUGGGCGGGUUGUGUUUCGUCGCCAUUCUGCUCACGGGCUGGCUUGGGUCCCGGUAUCCUAACAUGCGCAUCGCCAUGCUGAUCGUCUGCUGUCUGCCAGUCAUCGCAGGUUGUGCUAUAAUAUGGAAAUCGGAAUGGGGUUUCCAUGCUGCCGCGCCGGUUGUUGGAUACACCCUCACGGGCACUUUCGGUGCCGUGGUGAGUCUGAUCAUUACGCUUGGCAUGUCUAAUGUUGCUGGGCAUACGAAAAAGAGCUUCACAUCGGCCACGAUAUUCGCAGCCUACUGUGUUGGCAACAUCAUCGGCCCUCAGUUGAUUAAAUCUCAGACCAAGAAGUAUCACUACCCCGAGUUAUGGCUAGGACUCAUCAUCUGCUAUUUCAUAACAAUCUGCACCUCGACUGCAUUGCUUGUUCUACGCCACAAGAACAAGAAGAAAGACUCAGCCGUGGUCGAAGACGAAACGGAAAGAGCCAAGCUCGCAUUCCAAGAUCUCACGGACAAGGAGAACCCGUAUUUUAGAUACUUCAUGUAA